AAAGGAACUUCCUUCCUUGAUCAAUCGAAAACAUGGAGGGAGGCUUUUAUAAAUGGCAGUUAUCAGCAGUCUUAACGUUCAUUCUACUAAUCAAACCGUGCUUUAUAAGCAGAGGGGCCGAGUAGCCUACAUCUCUAAAUUAUAAGCGAAAUUGUUAUAUUUGAUUUGAGGCGUAGGCUAUUGUUACAAAAUGAGGGAUACUGUAGGAAUAGUCGUUGCGUUAACAUUCCUUUUGAGAGUCAAGGGGGAAGCCCCUCGUGGCGGAUACUGCAUCGAGAAGCAGUGCUUUGCGGUUUUCCAGGACCAAGUCGACUUUGGAACGGCACAAAAACAUUGUGAGGAUAAUAAUGGACAUUUAAUGACAGUGCGAUCUUUGAUAUCGCAUAGCAUCCUUUUAAUAUUACUCGGUAUCCAUACUGGAAAUUAUUGGAUUGGUUUGCAUCUACCGAGCGGGCAAUGCCCCGACCAAGCGUUGGGUUUACGAGGGUACAGGUGGAUAACUGGAGAUAAUGAAACGAAGUUCCAGAACUGGGGACACUUUGAUGACGUUUGCUCUUCAAACUGCAUUUCAGUAUCAAAAUACGACUUUGAAUGGAAGGAACAGCCAUGCAACAGUAAAAUAGAUGGAUUUAUUUGUGAAUAUAAACUUGACAGUCCUUGCAAACAUGUCAUGGUAAAAGGGGACGAAUCCGUUCUGUACGACAACCCAUUGGGAUUCAAGGGAGACAACCUACUGGUAUUACCCCUGGGAACCAUUGCAACGCUCAAAUCCCUCGGAUCGAAAUACAUAUGUAACGUUGAACAGUGGAUACAAGCACCAUGGAAUUGCGAAGUAUUUAAUGGUGGCUGUUCGCAUGACUGUUCCUCAGUUAACCAUGAACCUGUAUGCACCUGUCCACCUGGAAAAACUCUCCAGGACAACAACGUCACAUGUGAAUACGCGCUAAAUGACCCCUGCCAUGACUCAGGGUGCGCGCAUCUCUGCCAGAAAAAAGAUGACAGCUACGCUUGCAUGUGUCACCAUGGGUACGCACUGGCAGAAGAUGGGAAGGAGUGCAAAGACAUUGAUUAUUGUGUCGAGGAUAGGCAGUGCCCGGGACAGAACAGUGAAUGUGUCAAUAGGCCUACUCUUGGUGGAUUUGAAUGCAGAUGCCAGAAGGGAUAUGAGUUGGAAAAUGACACAUGCGUCGAUGUGGAUGAAUGCUUCAUGGGUCCAUGUGAGCACGAAUGCACGAACACGAUAGGCAGUUACAUUUGCUCCUGUUUUGAUGGAUUCAUUUCAAAGACAGAAGACGCCAACAGGUGUCAAUUACUUUGUUUAGCAGAAGAGUGUCCCACAGAAUGUGAUCGUAGUAAAACAUAUCAAUGUUACUGUCCAAUAGGUUACUUACUCGAUGACAGAAACGGGUCGUCAGUUUGUGUCGACAUAGAUGAAUGUGAGAUGGAUUCCUACUGCCACAGUAAUUGCACAAAUACUUAUGGAGGUUACCUGUGUUCUUGUGACGAGGGAUUCGACUUGGUUGGUGAAUAUGAUUGUGUUGAGAGAGAAUCAUCUGAGGGUUCAGGUUUUACGACACCAUAUACACCAAGUGCCAAGCAUCCAACUGAGCGUCCUUUCACUGUAAAGGCGGGAGGUCUUCUUGGAAUGAUAGUAUGUAUUGUCGUUGUUAUUUUGGUGAUGAUUGUACUUAUUCACCUUAUACUGAAACGUCGAGGUAAUUUAGACAUUGCUUUCGAAAGCCAAGGCGUUGGUAAUCACGAUUUGCAGCAAGUCUCAACGGAUAAGUACCACAAAUUGUCAUUUGACAGACAUUUUAUAAUAUGACAAUUAAUAUGAUCGUCGGAUACUUUUGCCAUUUUCAUUGUCAUGCCUUGUUUACACGUCUGCAAAGGAGAAUCAGCUGGUUUGAACUUGUAAUGUUUUUAUUUCAUACAGUUUUAAUAAGCAUAUAUCAGAAAUGGCUCACCUCAUCAAUUCAAACCAAUCUCAUAAGUGAACAAAGCCAGUAACAAAGUAAGCCUAUAGGUUAACUUGCAAUAUAUAUAUAUAUAUUUAUCCUAUCAAAUUAUUAUAAAAGAAAACAUAAUAAAUUAUUAUUUAACUUC